CGUCACCAAUUGCACGGACUUGGCCGAGCUAGAGAACGCCGUUUUGCUCCGUCUUGCCAAUGUCCCACGCAUGUGCUCGCAAGAGCUGCGAUAUCGCGCGUCUCCUCUCAGGCCCAGCUUGCCUUUAUCGAUCAUGAACACAGCUUUUCACGACGAGAAACCACUCGUUUUGCAGCCGCGAUGAGAGGCGGUUUUCUUUUGGGCCGGUUCUGCCUCCGUUCAACCUUGCGUCCGAAGGUCAAUUCGUCGCUCGUCCUUCAUCGCACCGCGUCGCGCGCGCAUAACUCCAAUCGUAUACCAUGGCGAGACUGUUCGACAAAAAGGGUCAUCCUCCAAGCCUCAGCGGGCGCCGCAGCCUUGGGGACCGCCGCCUUUGUCGAAUUGGCGCAGAAAGAUAAUAGUGGUACUGAACAAACCGGAGAGAAUCGUAUGCUCGCGGUUUCGCGCGCCGAAAUCAAGAAGCAGGUAUCUGAAGACGACCGCGGGUUUCGACGAGUUGUACACAAGGCCAUAUUACUCCUGGACCUCUACGUCUGGGAACCGAUAUGGACGGGUGUCCGAUUCCUGCAAUUGGUCAUCAUCUUUGUUCCGGUUAUAAUCUCCGUCCCAGCCAUAUGGGUGGGCAGAAGGCAGCGCGACCGCGACAACGAAAGGACUGGCACGCUAUGGUGGUAUGGCUUCCUGGUUAGGUCCAUGGAGUGGGCAGGGCCGGCGUUUAUCAAACUCGGCCAGUGGGCGGCAUCGAGGACAGACAUUUUCCCCAACGAAAUGUGCGACACGAUGUCGAAACUGCACUCCAAUGCACCGGCUCAUUCGAUGCGCAAGACCCGCGAGACGGUGGAAGCUGCAUUUGAUGGCCGAGGCUUCGACGAGAUCUUUGAGGAAUUCAACGAGAAACCUCUUGGCGUUGGCGCUAUGGCGCAGGUCUAUAAGGCGAAGCUGAGACCAGCUCUCGCGAUGCCGGCCGAUCAAGAUAUAUCCUCCAACGAGGCGGCAUUGUCGCAGAACGUCCGACGCAACGUAAAUACGGUGCUCAAAAGCUCACCGAAGCGUGUGCCAUCAUCAUACGUCGCUGUCAAGGUUCUACAUCCGAACGUCGAGCGUACGAUUCGCAGGGACCUCAGGAUCAUGGGUUUCUUCGCCACAGCCCUCAACGCCAUACCGACCAUUGAGUGGUUGUCGCUGCCAGAUGAAGUAGCGCAAUUCGGCGAGAUGAUGAAGUUGCAGCUCGAUUUGCGCAUCGAGGCUGCCAACUUGGAAAGGUUCCGCCAGAAUUUCAAGGAUCGGUCCACGGCAUGGUUUCCAUACCCCUAUACCGAGUUCACGACGCGUACCGUGUUGGUCGAGGAAUUCGCUCAGGGAAUACCUCUGGCAGAUUUCAUGGAGAAUGGGGGUGGUGUGUUCCAGCACGACAUUGGCGACGAGGGCCUGGACGCAUUUCUGCGCAUGCUGCUGCUCGACAACUUCGUCCACGCUGACUUACAUCCCGGCAACAUCAUGGUCCGCUUCUACCAGUCGGCACAGCCAGAGCUUCGCCUGCGAAUGUUAUACGGGGACAAGAACAGUCAUAGCGAGGACGCGGACGUCACCGAGAAAGUGCUCGAACGCCUCCGCCCCUUUCGCAGCCGCAAGAACAAGGCCGCAUGGGAUGCCGAGCUCGCCAAGAUUGAUGCCGAGGGAUACCGGCCGCAGCUGGUCUUUAUCGACACCGGCCUCGUAACGGAGCUCAACGCAACCAACCGUGAGAAUUUCCUCGCGCUCUUUCGCGCCGUUGCCGAGUUCGACGGAUACAAGGCCGGCCAUCUCAUGUGCGAGCGCUGCCGCCUACCCGAUGCUGUGCUAGACCAGGAGGUCUUUGGGCUGAAAAUGCAGCACCUUGUCCUGAGCGUAAAGAGCCGCACGCUGGCGCUCGGUAACGUCAAGAUCGGAGACAUUCUGCAGGAGGUGCUUGGCAUGGUCCGGACCCAUCAUGUCCGUCUCGAGGGCGACUUCGUCAACGUCGUCAUCAGCAUCCUGCUCCUCGAGGGCAUUGGCCGUAACCUUAACCCGGAUGCAGACUUGCUGAGCAGCUCACUGCCGAUUCUUCGGCAAUUGAGCGCCCAGAGCGGAGCAGAAAUGGCGAAGCAAGGCGACUUUUCCAUGAUUGCCGUGUGGGUUGGCUUGGAAGCCAGGAGAUUUCUCCAAGCCAGCAUCGAGGAUGUUGAGCGAUGUGUCAAGUACGAUCUCCUGUCGCCAAACAUAUAAUCAUUCGUAGCGAGCUAGUAGCAAUGAUGGCAUGCUGGCAGGUUUGUGGCUAUUUGGAAGAGAAUUGCCAGGCGGCACGCCGCGCCGGUUUACAUGUAGCAUAUUUCAAGGACACAACACGGGCAUCGGGUACGAUGAUAGAGUGAGGGCAAAGGAGCAUCACUUAUUGGCAUAAGACCAUCCCCUAUCGCUGGUUCUAAAAUUUUCUCCAUCGUAUGAAUUCCCGCCGCUUGUAUAGCUCCGCUGAGCCCUGAUAUGCAGGCGAGAAAAAAGGAGCUCGUAACGUCAUGUAGCACCCGCGAAGCCCAUCAGUGCGAUUUCCUGACUAUGGUCUGGCUUUGAGACGCCUGGUCCCCGCUAUCAGAGUAUGAGUACCAGCCGGGUAAGCAAACCCUGGACUAGCAUAGGUAAUCGAUGG